CCUUGACAACAUAUGGUGUACGUGGCAGAGCCUUGAGGUGUUUCCUCUGAUAGACACAUGCUGUUUAUGUGUGAAGACGAGUUUCACGGGCCGGCAGUGACACCUCACUACAUGCAAUCAGGUGUUAUCUGCAGCACGCUGUCUGUCUGCAGGAGCACGAUAACUGGAGACUGAUGUUUCAGAGAGAUUUCACCUGCUUUAAGAGCUUAGGAUCAGGCUUCGCUUCUCUCCGUAUUUUCCUCCAUGUCUAUAUUUUUCAUUUGAUAUUUUCCCUCCUGUUUUCUUUUAUUGUCAUGAUUCAUUGAUUUCUGUCCAGGUCCCUCCUUCUGCCGUGUUUUUAUUUUUUCUGAUCUUUAAUUUGGCUCUCCGCCCCCUCGGCUCUCCUCUCAUCUGUUCUCACUGAGAAGAUGCAGGAGCUUUGAAGGAUGCUGACGGCUGAUCUCUGUGUCCAGCGUGGUCAGCGGUCACAGCAUGACCUGACCCCGUCAGCAUGAUGAACUUUGAGGGACUCGAGAUGAUCGCGGUGCUGGUUGUGGUUGUUGUCUUUGUUAAGGUUCUGGAUCAGUUUGGACUUUUAGAGGCGAGCUAUGAUGAUAGUGUUGAGGAUGAGCUGGAGCUGUCUGCUGUGCGCCAUCGACCAGAAGCUUUGGAGCAGCUGGAGGCUCAAACGCGUUUCUCACGAAAAGAGCUUCAAAUCCUCUAUCGGGGCUUUAAGAAUGAAUGCCCCAGUGGUGUGGUCAACGAAGACACAUUUAAGGAAAUUUACGCUCAGUUUUUCCCACAGGGAGAUGCAUCAACGUAUGCACAUUUUCUGUUCAAUGCAUUCGACACAGAUCACAAUGACUCUGUCAGUUUUGAGGAUUUUGUGAUGGGUCUUUCCAUUCUCUUAAGGGGCACCGUUCAGGAGAAACUUAACUGGGCAUUUAACCUGUAUGAUAUUAAUAAAGAUGGAUAUAUAACAAAAGAGGAAAUGUUCGAUAUCAUAAAGUCCAUCUAUGACAUGAUGGGGAAAUGCACAUAUCCCAUGCUUAAAGAGGAAACUCCACGACAGCAUGUGGAGAUAUUUUUCCAGAAAAUGGACAAAAACAGGGAUGGAGUGGUCACUAUAGAUGAAUUUAUAGACUGCUGUCAAAACGACGAGAACAUCAUGAGAUCAAUGCAGCUUUUUGAGAACGUCAUUUAACAUCUGAAUGGACUCUGUUGGCGGGCCAGCUCACAUAACCACCUUUAUACUCCACAAACCCGACGUCCUCGAUGAUACACAUCUGAUUACUAGCAUUGCUUUUAACCAUAAACCAAAAUUAACAGCAUUUUGAAUAUCAAAGAAAAAUUAUUUUUACAUUUUUUGUCAUAUACUUGUAAAAAAUGUAUACCUUUAUUUAAAGUAGAUACAUAGUCUGUUAAUCAUCUUUUUCUCCAAAUUUUUGAAAUAACUAGAAGCCAUUGUACAAAUUAAAGUAACAGUUCAUACAUUGGCCCUUAAACACAUACAGAAUGAAUUUCUGUGCAAAAACCCAUUCUUAGAUUGCAACAAUUUACAAGGAAUAUUUGACAUACAAAUAACUCCUUAGUUAAAGGAAUAGUUCACCAAAAAAAUGUACUAAAACUCAGGCCAUCCCAGAUGUAGACAUUGUUUCUUUAUGGGAUCAGAUUUGGAGAAAUGAAGCAUUGCAUCACUUGCUCAACAAUGGAUC